AUGAUGAUGUCUGCAAGAUUCUCUUCGUUUAUGGUGGUAGUGUGGGUUAUUAGUCAGAAAUCAGCAUUGGGUACAGAACCAUUCAAACUUAACAUCAACCCCUGUCCCACUGAAUGCACCUGCAAUGGAAAUAAGGCAAUUCAAAUUAAAUGUCAAGUUAACAUCAGCCAUUUUGAUAUAACUAGCACAAUUGGGUCAUUUAUUACGUCACUUCCUGAUAAAGAACUUGUUAACAAUUCGAUAGAUAUUCGCUGUCAUGACAACCAGAUUGUUACCUGGAACAAUACUUCAAGUUUUCAAAACGUUCGUUCAUUGAGAAUUGAAAACUGUGCUAUUGAUACACAAGGUAGUGUGCUUGUUUUCCUUUCUACUUUCAAGAUCAAUGACAUUUUAUUCAAAAAGGUCAACAAUGGAUUCAUCAACCAAAUAAAUUUAAGAAAUUUAAAGACAAUGACAUCACUCUCCAUCGAAAACUGUAAUCUUACCAGUGUACCAGAACUAGUUUUACCGAAUAACACUUCAAAAUUAAGUCAGUUAAGUUUUAGCCACAACAAGAUACAUACCCUAGACUGUUCGUUUUUUAAAGGCUAUCGGUGUUUUGUUGAGCCGUGUGUUCUUGACUUUAGUUUUAAUCGGCUGGAAAGUAUACCACGCUGCGCAUGUGAGACCCCAACUAUGUUAUAUACCAUGAAAAUAAUGGACAACCAGCUAUCGGACGUAAGUGGUUUCCAUUGUUUAAAACAACAGCACAUAAACUUAGAUGACAAUUCUUUAGAGGAGCUUCCCUCUUUCGAAUAUGGCGGUACUAUAACUGUUAAUGCUAACUUUAACCAGCUCAAAUCCAUAAGGCGGGAAACUUUUAAAAACUUACGAAUGUGUCGCCUGGUUGAUUUAUCUUAUAACAUUAUUGAUUGGAUUGAGCGGGAUGCAUUUCGAGGAAUGACUCAACUAAUGACUCUAAUUUUAACUAACAAUAAGUUAAAAGAGUUUGAAGUUAUGCAUGCGCCAGUUGGUUCCAUGUGGAAUCUCCACAUAUCAUUAAAAAACAACCAGUUGGAAUACCCACCUUACAGGAAAAGUAAUUAUGAACCGCCACAACUGUUCAAAACCAGAGCGAGCAGAAAUCCUUUUAUAUGUGACUGUACCGUAAAAAUGUUAAAUGAUCGUUUAAAAGAGGAGGCGGAUAUCCCCACACCGGCAUCUGACCCUUUUACAACUACCUAUAGUAAACUAUCUCAGAUAUUUAUUGAUGCUUGGUCCUAUAAGUGCAGCUCCCCUAAAGUCCUGAUCAAUCGACUGUUAACAAAAGUGAACAUGAGCUCCGAGUGCCCAAUUGUAAAGAAUUGUCCCUUUGAUUGUGUUUGUACCAAAUAUUUGUCUACGACUACAACGUUAGUGGAUUGUUCUUCACGGGCUUUAACACAAUUACCACAACAUAUGCCAUAUAAUUCAAUAGCCAUCGAUCUCAAUAAUAAUUCUCUAACUUCACUGGAUGUAAGAAACUAUCUAAUCAGAACUACAGGUCUUAAUGUUAGCCAUAACCAAAUAUCCGCUUUGGAUCCAGGAAUCGUGCCACUUCUGGUAAACGUGACCUAUCUAGAUUUGAGAAAUAAUCAGUUAUCGAACUUACCUCGUUCCUUCGAGGACACUUUGUUUGACAACUCGACAUCGAUAUUCCUCUCUGGCAAUGCCUGGAAGUGUUCCUGUGAGAACGUUUGGAUGAGCCAAUGGCUAAAUAAGAAUAACAAUUCCGUAUCCGAUGGUAGUUCGCUCCAAUGUUUGAAUGACGCUAAUAAGACGUAUAAAUUUCACGACUUGAAUCCAGAUAUACUUAAGUGUAGUUUCAAAACAAGUCUUGCUAUUCUGGCCAUAAUAUUGGGAACUGUCGCUUUCAUUGUUGUAGCGAUUUCCUUUGUUGUCUACAAGUUUCGAUAUGAAACCCGAGUUCUGUUCUACACGCGUCUUAAAGUUCAUUUCGUUUCAGAAGAUGUGGCAAAUAAACAAUUCGACGCUUUUAUUUCGUAUAGUGAACAUGACAGAGAAUUUGUAAAAACGGUUGUCAAUAAACUAGAAAAUGAACUACCCUUGAAAUACAAGAUCUGCAUACACGACCGAGAUUUUACUGUUGGUACACCAAUAGCCGAAAAUAUAUCUGCGGCAAUAAACAAAAGCAACGUCGUUAUCUUCGUUGUAUCCAGUCAUUUCAGUGAGAGCGAUUGGUGUUCUUUUGAAUUCCAAACAUCUUACCAGACGAUGCUUCAGCACAAAAGUCCCAAAUUAGUUGUAAUUAAAGUGGAUGAAUUAGAUGAAGAUAAGCUAGAUAACGAUUUGAGAGCAUAUUUUCGUACCAAAUAUUUCAUUGAUAAAAACGAGCGUCUUUUUUGGGACAAAUUGAUAUAUUAUCUGCCUCCAUAUUAACGUCGCACAGAAUAUUUUGUGGUCAAAGUUCAGGUAACGGGCUUUGAGAUGUCCAGAAAAUGGAACCCAGAAACAGACAUCAAGUUGUGGUGGAUGUGUCUCGUCAUCUCCCUACUUUUUACAACGACAUUUGCAUUUUGUCCAUCAGAUUGCGAGUGUGGCAAGG